AUGUUGCUCUCCACCACCGUGGCGCGACCGCUGCAGCUGCUCACUCGGUUCAUGCAAUGGGCCAGUGCGGUCAUUGUGAUGGGCAUCACCUCCUACUUCAUCCACCGGGGUCCUCGCGGCCAACACAUCAUCUACGAUGAAGUUAUUUCCACCAUCUCCGUCGUUUUCUUCCUCCCUGCCUUCAUCUCCCCCUUCAUGCCCCACGCCCUCAGCAAAUUCGUCCUCGCCAUCGACGUGAUCUUCUCCUACCUGUGGCUCACCUCCUUCAUCUUCGCCGCCCAAGACUACGACUGGCACAACUGCGGCGCCAACGCCCCUCCCGGCGCCUCUUGCGCACUGAAGAAAGCCAACGAGGCCUUUAUCUUUUUGACUUUUAUUUUCACCUUCUUCGCUAUCUUCCUCGAAGUCGCUGCCCUCUGGGCUUAUCGGCGCGAGAACGCCGGCCCUAUCCGCGAGAAGAACACGGGUGGUGCGCACGGCGGACCGGCGGAUGCGCCUGUUGCUGCUACGGCUUAA